UGGCAAGGGUGAAAAUAGUGUAGAGUUUGGGGGUAUUUUGCGCAACAGAGAUGGGACCAAAACGAAAGAAGAUUAGAGCCCUUAGUUUGGCGCUUUCUACGCCCAUCGGUGAACCCAACGCCAUUGAACCUUGAAUCAUUCUUCACUCGUUUCAGUCAAACCUUUUUCUCUCUCUUUCUUUCUUCAAAUUCAACUUGCAAUUCCAAUUCCUCGUGAGUUGGUUCUCUUUUCCGACGAACCAUCUCAAAUCCGCCACCACAUAAUGUAAAUGUACUCGAAUGCGAAUGUGAAUGUGAAUGCGCUUCUGUGCGGUUUCGAUUCAGAUCCAGAUUCAUGGGGAUUUGCUUCAGCAUUGAAGACCCAAACAACCUCUCCAUCUCCGAUUCGAACGCCAAGCCUAAUAAACCUGCAGGUCAUGAAUCUGGCGCUCCAUUGGCUUCCAUGAAUAUCAAAGAUCUCCGCGAAGGUGCUGGAUACAGCAAUGUGGAUAUUUUCACGUACGAAGAGCUUAGGCUCGCGACGAAGCACUUUCGUCCCGAUUUCAUCUUGGGAGAAGGAGGCUUCGGAGUUGUAUAUAAAGGCGUCAUAGACCAUAGCGUGAGGUCGGGUUACAUGUCCACUGAAGUCGCCAUUAAGGAACUUAAUCGCGAAGGAUUUCAAGGAGAUAGAGAAUGGCUCGCGGAAGUUAACUAUUUAGGUCAAUUCAGUCACCCAAAUCUGGUGAAGCUCAUUGGAUAUUCCUGUGAGGAUGACCACCGGUUAUUGGUGUAUGAAUACAUGGCAAGUGGGAGCUUGGAGAAACAUCUUUUUCGCAGAGUGGGCUCAACAUUGACUUGGUCAAAAAGAAUGAAGAUUGCUUUACAUGCUGCAAGGGGGCUCGCUUUUCUUCAUGGUGCAGAAAGGCCUAUUAUAUAUCGUGACUUCAAGACUUCAAAUAUCUUGCUAGAUGCGGAUUUCAAUGCGAAGCUUUCGGACUUUGGCCUUGCAAAGGAUGGUCCGAUGGGGGACCAAACCCAUGUUUCAACACGAGUAAUGGGCACAUAUGGAUACGCUGCUCCUGAGUAUGUCAUGACUGGGCAUUUGACAGCUCGAAGUGAUGUGUAUGGUUUUGGGGUGGUGCUACUUGAAAUGCUUAUCGGUAGAAGAGCAUUAGACAAGAGCAGGCCUAGCCGAGAGCACAACUUGGUUGAGUGGGCCCGUCCACUAUUGAAUCAUAACAAAAAACUUUUGAAAAUCCUAGACCCAAAACUAGAGGGGCAAUAUUCAUGUAAAACUGCAUUGAAGGUGGCCCAUUUAGCAUACCAGUGUCUUAGCCAAAACCCGAAAGGUAGACCGCUAAUGAGCCAGGUUGUUGAAAUUCUCGAAAACUUUCAGUCAAAGGGGGGGAAUGAGGAAGAUCAAAUGCUUCAAACUGGCGGUACCAGCGUAACCCUUUAUGAGGUUCCUAAGGGCAGCAAUGACACUCCAACUUAGGGCUAAUACCAAACUACAAAUGACGACGAGGUUUACAGGAGCAAAGGUUGGUGAGAAAAGAAAAAAGCUGAACCAGCCUUCAAAUGACUCUGAUUUAUGUAGUUCCUUCACCAAGGUUUGUGCUCGAGAUAAGUCUUCUUCCAGAAGUUGAAGUUUCACUAAUGUGGAUGGCAAUUAAACUUGUACAAAAUGUUCACAGGUGGAUCCGUUGGUGUUUCCAGAUGUGUGUUUGCUUUGAGCAGAAUUGGCGAAGGCAAUGUGGCUUAUGCAUUCUAUGUUGCUUUUUAUUCCAAUUUUGAGUGAUGAGGACGCUGUUUAUUGGAACAUUUAACAGAGCUAUUGUAAAACAUUUUUUAAACUACUUUCUGCAUUCGAUUUGUAUUCAGUAAAGCAUCUUCUGCGUCAAAUCAAUAGUGGGGAUGUCAAUGGAUCAGACGAAUUGUUAACGAACUCACGUUUAGUUUAAGUUAGGUCAUUUAAAAGUCAUUGUUGAAA